GUUUCAACUUGCCUCCGUCUCACUCGCUCGCUAGUCACUGCACCUCCCGGCAGAUUCUCCGGUACUGCAGAGAAUCCCUCCCGGCUUGCGCUGUCGCCGGCGGCCGGCGACAAGGGUAUUCCGAUGGCGGAGGAUGGCGGCGGCGGCGGCGGCGGCGGCGGCGGAAGCUCCAGUUCCGGAUGUGGAGCUCGUGACGGCGCGAGGCCGGUCCUCGUGGUGUCUCUCCCAACCCAUCGAAACCCUAGAUCCGCCCCCGCCACCGAGCCGCAGGGACGAUCCACCGCCGUGCUCCCGGUGGAGAUCGUGGUGUGGGAGAUCCUGGUCCACCUGCCGGCCGCGGCGGUGCUCCGCUGCCGCGCGGUGUGCCGCUCCUGGCGCCGCCUCACCUCCCGCGCCGACUUCCUCUUCGCCCACCACGGCCGCCAGCCCUCGCUGCCCCUCGUCAUGCUGCAGGGCGGCUCCAUCACCGACCCCCGCGCCGGAUCCGAGCCCGGCCCCGGCCGCCGCGUCCUCGGCAUCGACGACCACAACGACGCCGGCGGGGGCGGGGCCCGCCGCCGCUUCAAGGUCCACGGCUCCUGCGACGGCUUGCUCCUGCUCUCCGUCUCCGACGGCCGCUUCAGCGUCUGCAACCCGGCCACGCGCCAGCACGCUCCGCUGACGGGCCUCACCAAUGCCGUGGCCGUCGGUGCUAUCGUCGAGGCAAUGUACCCGCACGGCCCGUCCGGGGAGUACCGCGUCCUGUACUGGAAGAAGGGGAGACACCUGACCGACCACGACACCGUCUGCUACGUCAGCGUGGUGCCGUGGGGGCGCAAGCCUAGGCGCAUCGGAGCUCCAGCAGCCUUCCCUGGCAUGAAGCUGGGCGGCGUUGCCUGUGACUGGAGGACAACUGUUAACAAUUCACGGCCACCGGUCCUGUUCAGAGGCUGCCUGCACUGGGACCCUGGCCGAUCCCCCCACGCCACCAUAGUCGUUUUUGACACGGUGGCGGAGUCGUUCAGACGGAUGCGCCGUCCUGCUGCUGCUACUGGCUACUGCACUCGUUUGCACGAUAUGGGUGAGUCGAUUGGGCUCACUUGCUUUGAGGAUUGCAGGAUGGUGGCGAAGAUCUGGGUGCCGGAGGACCAUGAGGGGGCGGUGUGGUCGCUCAAGUACCGGAUCAAAUUCCCGGUGGAGAGCAUGUAUAACUUUGGGGAUACAGAGCAUCUGGUUUUGUCCCACAAGGGCGAUAUGCUGGUCCAAAAUUACUUUGGAUGUUGCAUGUUUCACUGCGACAGCAACGGGAAGUUGAUUCAGGAAUUCCGAUGGGAGUUGUGGGGGUCUAGCAUCACUGGACUUCUGUUCAAGGAGAGUCUUAUCAAACAUGCUUUCUUCCCGAAGCAAGGCGGUGCUUGUGUUGGACAACUUAAUUUCUUCCCGAAGCAAGACGGUGCUCGUGUUGGACAACCUAAUUUCUUCAGAUGGCUCUAAGGCGAUGGCAGAUCGUUUCAAUUAUUACCUAUGUUAAUAAGAGUACCGGGCUUCAGUGCGAGGACUGAUCUUUGGGUGCUGCCGGUGAAAGAACUCCCAACUAAUUGUGCCACCGUCAGGCGUUUUCGUCCAAUUGCAACAAACAUAAUUAAUUGUUUUUGCUCUCAUUUGUGUGUCUCGAGUUUUUUCGGAUACACAAAGUGUUGCGAUGCAGGUGGUAUCCCCCUCCUGUGUAUGUAUCGCUUUGAAGACAGUUUCAAAAAAAUAAAAUAAAAUCAAACUUUGAGCUAGAAA